UGACCGAAAAGCCAUAGAUGAGCAAUAGUGUUCGACUAAAUUUCUCUCUUUUUUCUUCUUCGAACACGGACGCAUACAGACAGAGAAAGGAGCUCUCAGGUGCUUUCGUCGCAAACCCGUUUCUAAAACUUGAAACCACUUCAAUGUUCCAUAGAGGUAAAUAUGCCGAUGGUGGGGAUGGGCGUGAAAUGGGUGCAAAGCGUCAGCGGGUAGUUGAACAGGGCUCUUCAUUUUAUGGGACUUCCCCUGGUCCAAGUUUUAUGUACAACCCAACUCCUUUUGCUUAUGUAGGACAACCUCCACCUUUCCCAGUAGUCAAACUUCGUGGUCUGCCAUUUGAUUGUACAGAAGUUCAUGUGGCUGAGUUCUUCCAUGGUCUGGACAUAGUUGAUGUUCUGUUUGUCCACAAGAAUGGAAAGUUCUCAGGAGAAGCUUUUUGUGUUUUUGGGUAUCCCCUUCAAGUUGACUUUGCACUUCAAAGGAAUAGGCAGAACAUGGGCAGGAGAUAUGUUGAAGUAUUCAGAAGUAAGAGGCAGGAAUAUUACAAGGCAAUUGCUAGUGAAGUUUUAGAUUCUCGUGGUGGUGGCUCCCCUCGCCGGAGCAUCCCAAGGUCUAAAUCUUAUGAUGAAGGGAAGGAUACCGCCGAACAUACAGGGAUAUUAAGGUUGAGGGGAUUGCCAUUUUCUGCUGGCAAAGAUGAUAUUAUUGAGUUUUUUAAGGAUUUUAUGUUGAUAGAAGACUCGAUUCAUUUCACCUUGAAUUCAGAAGGGAGGCCAACUGGGGAAGCAUUUGUGGAGUUUGCAACAGCUGAAGAUUCUAAAGCAGCAAUGGCAAAGGAUAGAAUGACUCUUGGUAGUCGAUAUAUUGAAUUGUUUCCAUCGUCGCAUGAGGAGUUGGACGAAGCUCUUUUAAGAGGACGGUGACUCCUUGUUGGAGUUCUGCUUCCAUUUUUUCCCCUUGAGGCAUGACUCAUGCAUGUGAAGGAGUUGUUCAGCUUCUCUUCUCAGUGUUAGUGGUGAGUGGUGAUGAACUCUGCUGAUUUUCUUUCAACUCAAGAAAGAAAGGAACCGAAAUAUAUAAGCUUGUCUUGUUUGUUGUAUUCAAACUCCGAUCUGUGAUUCCCCAGAGUGUCUGUUUUUGUUAAAAUUUAGAGUGAAAACAAUUGUCUCUAUAUGUUUCACCUCAUUGGCCAUAACAACUUCAUGGGGCCUUAUCAAAGCUUGUGAUGUACUAAUUAUCAUAUACCAAUUUAAUCAUAAUUAUUGUUUAAAAUCCCAAGAACAGAUAUAUCAUAUUGAUUAUGCCUUGGAAGUUC